AUGGACGACUCCAACCUCUUCUUGCAGUGGGCGGUGAGCACGCUGCAGCACCAGAGCGCGGCGGCGAGCUCGGCGGCGUACGCGCAGCUGGAGCACGUCAUCACGGAGCGGAAGCGCCGGGAGAAGAUCAACCAGCGGUUCAUCGAGCUCUCCGCCGUCGUCCCAACACUCAAGAAGAUGGACAAGGCGACGAUCCUCUCCGACGCGGCGAGCUACAUCAGGGAGCUGCAAGGGAAGCUCAAGGCCAUGGAGCCAGAAGCUACAGGCCGCGCCGCCUACAAUGGCGGCGCCUGCAGGGUUGUCACCGAGCCGCUGUCGCUCGUCAACAAGAAGCCGUGCCUCGCCGUGCCGGCGGAGGACGACAUCUCCCCGGCGCCGGCGCCGGAGAUCGAGGUGCGGCGGUGCUCGCAGAAAAGGAACGUGAUUGUGAGGAUCCAUUGCAAGAACGUGAAGGGGAUGAUCGUGAGGGCGCUCGCCGAGGUCGAGGAGCUCCGCCUCAAAAUCAUCAACGCCAAUGCCAUGCCAUUUCCGGAUGGUACCAUGAUGAUCAUCACCAUCACUGCAAAGGUAGAGGAUGGCUUCACAGUAAAGGCAGAGGAGAUCGUAGGCAGGCUUAACUCAGCAUUACACAUACAAGACAUCAGCAAAUACUACUGAGGAAAACAUAGAUUAAAUUCAUAUAUUUCCUCCGAUUUUUCAUAUGCAAGUCGUGUUAGCCUUCCCAACUUUUUUUCCCGAAAUAUUUAAGUCGUUGAAC